CACAAGAUAGGGCAGCGUGGAAGGCUUGCGUAGAUGAGGCAAUGAACUUUUGAGUUCCAAAUGCCAUGUAAAAAAAAAAAAUUAAAAUCUUGUCUUUCAUGCUGUUUAGAUUGGAAGAGGAUUACAAAUUUCAAGAAAAACGACCAAGUGGUCUUACUAAAUUCAAUAUCACAACAUCAAAAAAAAAUUGCCAAAAAGGAUAAUGGCGACAAGUCUGUGCACAUUAAAAAAAUUGAAUUUUCUAACUUUAUAAUAACUACAAAAUCGCCAAACAACGCAGUGUUAUUGAAUAAUAAUAAUAUAGUACUUAUUUCUAGUAUCACUUGCAGUGAUAUGUCUGACGCUGUUAACAAUCUUACUUUGAAAGGAAAAAAGCUGACAGUUAUCGGCCCAGGAUUAGAAUACCCCUCAAAUUCAACUAUUUUGAAUAUAUAUAAAGUAGUCACGAAGAAAAGUGCAGUCACAGUCGAAGAUAAAGUUAGUAAUAUAAAUGCAAAAUGAUUCUGCUUAAAAUUUUUGUAUUAGCUGAAGAAAUAGGGGAAUUAUACGCAAUACCAAUUUUGCAUAUGAAUUAAUAUAUUCAUAAGAAUUCAGUGUGUGGGGAAAAAGUGUAAUUAUUUAUUCAUACAAGGCAGUCAAUCAGGACCGGAUUCCUGCCGUAAUUCCGGACCGGGCUCUACCCAUCUGUAUGCGCGCGCAGCUUUAGACUCCUACAACUCACGUACAACAUUCAGCGGUAUGUUCUAAAAGGAGACGCUACGGCAAACUCGAUUUUCUAUUAUCGAAUGCAUCAUUGCAUUAACUGUCGAUCAUUUCUUGGACGCAAUUACAACGUUUCGGAAAUUUUAUUAGAUUACGACACACAUCACUCGGUCUCAGGAUUUGUACAUACUUAAGAUGGCUGAAGAAGUGCAUAAUCCUGAACCUCUGUAUGCAGUGGUGGAAAUUUUCAGAGGGAAUGGUUUCACGCAUAAUACAAGAGUAGCAGUUCUUUGGAGAUACGUACACAAAGAAGAGAAUGGUAAUGAUUUGUUUGUUAAAUUCAUGGAUCAACCAUUAUCAAAAGAGGACAGAUGCUUAUUAGGCGAUUUUCUAAAACAACCUCAUGUUGAUCCCCCUGAAAGCUGGCCAUUCUUUUAAUGCAAAAUUAUCAAUACGUUUGCAUUGGAUUUCUUAAAGACUAAGCCAUUAUCGCAGAAGACAAUAGUCAAACCUAACAAAAAAGUGGACAACACAACCAAGGAAAAUGCGAUUGAGAAUGUGGCAAGUGACAAUGCAAGCAUGGGGGGGAUAAGUAAACAAGCAAACAAGCCAAUGGCAAAUUACGACAUAGAUCAAAUUCUUGAUCAAGUACCACCCUUAAAACUAAAUCCAGAAUCAAUUUCAUCUCCGUUUUCGAUAAUGACAAUAAUAAUAUUGCUGCUGAAAAUGAAACUGCAAGUUUGAUCGCAGAAAAAGGGGUUUUGGAGAUAGCACCUGCAGCGGAAGAAGUAUUAGUAGACAAUCCAGCUACAGAAGUGCUAUCAAUGUUCACUACUAAAGAAGAUAUUCAGAACCUUUUACAGUCUAUCAUUGAUCAUUUUGAUAAGCAAAAUUCAAAAUUAUUGGAAGUUUUUAAGCAGAAAUUUGAAGCUUUAGACACUAAAGUGAAAGGAAUCGAUGUGAAAUUAAUUAAUAUGCAAAAAGACAUCGAUGAACUGAAGACAUGGACUGUCAAUAACAGACCCUUCUCUGCUGAUGAUAGCAUAAUGACAUUAGCAACCCUAGCUGAAAAGCAUAAAUUGAAUCUGCCCUUGAAAGUGCUGCAAGAUUUUGAUGAGUUUAAUCUCAAACUUACUCUUGAAAGCGAGUUGUACAAAGAUUUAAAAGCUCACCUUAUAUGCACUGUUAAAGCAGAUAAUAAGGAAUUUCUGGAUGAAUUAACAAAAUUAUUGAAAAAAUGUUUGUCCAGGGAAAUACUUACGUCUCACACAGCACAAAGAUUAAGUAGUACAAAGAAACCUAUUUUUAAGUCAACUAAUUUUUAUAUGUUUGAAAGAUUCGCUUAUGCAUGUGUAUUCGGGAAAAAAAGUUAUAGAAGAUGAGGUGUUAUGUAAAAUAAUUGGGGCUAUAAUUAAUAAUGCCUAUGAUUGGGAAGGUCAUAGGCAUAAAAGGCAAAGGCUAAACAAUUAAGUUUUUUUAAAAAGUUUUGUAUUUCUGUAACAAAGUUUUGUAUAAGUCGUCCUUAUUUCAAUCGAAAAUUUGUAUUUUACAUAAUAUAAGAAAAAUAAAUAAAUAAAAUGUUUAAUGCAA